UAACCCAAAUGAUGGCUAAAUUAUAAACAUUUCCAAAUCCAAUAAUUAUAUUAUUAAAUUUAUUAUCAUUAUUAACCAAAAUUUAAUUUUGAAAAACAAAAAAAUCAUUCUGCUUUUUGUGCUGUUGAAAAAAAUAAAUAAAAUAGAUCAUUUAAUUUAUUUUUAAAUAUAAAUAAUAAAAAAAAAUUAAAAAAAAUAACAACGUUGUAUCAAAUGACAUGCAAUUGAUGGUGGGGAUUGGACAAAUGUUCAAUCCAUAAGAUAUCAGGUGAUGAUACCAUAUUUAUAAUGACUGUGUCUCUUCAAAGCAGUCCAGUGUCAUUCUUACAAAUGUCGUUUUAUUUUAUAUCAAAAAACAAAUAUAAAUUAACAGUGACUCAUUGACCUUAUGUCUUGAAUGAAUACGUAUUUUUUUAACUUGUUAUUAAAACAGUGUCAUUGACUUAUUUUCUAAAUUAAUUUAUAAAUAAAUAUAAAUACAUAUUGACAAUAACAACAUAACCAUGAUGAUUGAAACACAAACGAGUUAUCUUGAAGGAAUUGCUAAUUAUGUUGGUGCUGAUGAAGCUAGUUUACGUCUUAUAGUAUCAAUUUUUAUUGGUUUUCCACUUGCAUUUAUUCAUCGUAAUUGGCUUUAUGGAAAAUCACAAACUCAACAACAUGUAUUUUUUAUAUGCAGUGGUUUUCUCAUGGGUUUUUGGAAUUUUGGAUGGGCAAUGGGACAUUCAUUGACUGCUCUUUGUUUAACAUAUAUGGUAUUAAAAUUUUUUGGAGCAACUGGUUUAUCAAUAAUAGUUACAAUGAUAUUCAACAUGAGCUAUCUAUUGUGGGGCUACUGGACAACCAGCACUGAAUCCUAUGAUAUAAUGUGGACAAUGCCACAGUGUGUAUUAGUCCUACGAUUAAUUGGUCUAUCAAUGAAUUAUUAUGAUGGAAAACAAAAUCAAACAAAGCUAUCAGAUUAUCAAAAAAAAGUAUCAUUAAAUAAUUUACCAUCAUUAUUAGAAAUUGCUGCAUUUGUUUAUUUUCCUGGCUCAUUUCUUGUUGGUCCACAAUUUAGCAUGAGACGAUAUAUUGAUUUUACAAAUGGUGUAUUAAUUAACAAUAAUGAAAAACAACAAAUUGAAUUACCAAAUUCACUUAAAACUGCUGUUAAAAGUACACUAUUAGGAUUUUUAUAUCUUGGACUAUUUCAAUUUGGUUCAGCUUGGGUACCAACUGAGUAUUUAUUAAGUGAUAAUUAUGCAAAUAGUAAUUUUAUUAAAAAGCUAUUCUUUCUUGGUUUUUGGGCACGUGUUACAUUGUACAAAUAUAUUGCUUGUUGGUUAUUCACUGAAGGAGUUUGUACGACAUUUGGACUGUCUUAUAAUGGCAAAGACAAUAAUGGCAAUGAUAAAUGGGAUGGUUGUCAAAAUGUUGAUCUUUUAACAUUUGAAAAUGCAACACAAUUUAAUCAUUAUAUAUUGUCAUUUAAUAUGAACACAAAUCAUUGGUGUGCUGAAUAUAUUUACAAGAGAUUAAAAUUUUUAGGAUCACGUUUUGCUAGUCAAUUUUUUACACUUGCAUUUUUAGCAAUUUGGCAUGGUUUUCAUUCGGGUUACUAUGUUUGUUUUUUCAAUGAAUUUAUGAUUAUGUUUUUUGAAAAAGAUAUUACUGGGCCAUUAAAGAAAAAUGAAAAUUUACAAAAAUUUAUCAACACUCCAGUUGGAAAAAUAGCAACUUGGUGUAUAUUAAAAAUUUAUACAUUUGUUUUUAUGGGAUUUGCAUUUCUUCCACUGGCUGUAUUGUCAUAUGAAAAAUAUUUAGCUAUUUAUAAAACAGUUUAUUUCAAUGGCUACAUAUUUUUCUUGGGUUCUAUUAUACUUUUGAGAUUCAUCAAACCGUUGAUACAAGGAAAUCGCACCCCAAGAUCACAUGCAGAAUAAAUCAAUUUAUGUAUUUUAUUUUUCAACCGUAAAUGAAUUUUUUUUUAAUGACAAAUAAUUAUUUUUUCAAAUCAAUUGAAUAGCUCAUCACUGGGAAUUAAUAUUUCCUAAAUUUUUUCUAUUUGAUUUCAAAUCGAAAUAAUAUUUUUUAAAAACACAAUGAAUUUUUUUUUUAUCAUGGAACAUAAUUUAAUUGAGAAAAAGGCUUCCGAAGCACGCACAUUGACACACGGUAAAAAAAAUAAAAUUUGUUUUUUAACAAUUAAAAUUAAAUACAAAUAAGAAAAUUAUAUUGUCACAAAAUAGCAUAAUAAAAUUGUAUUUUAAUUAAUUCAUGUAAAUUAUUUAACACUUAAAAACUCAAUCAUUUUUUUUUUUUAUAUAAAAAAAUAUUUAUUUUAUCAUUAUUUCAUACAUUUGUAAUGUGUACUAUUUUUUAAAAAUUAUUUUAUAAUUUUAUUUACUCUUGUUUCGAAAUUAUAUUUUUUGGCUGUUGGCACACACUUUACCGUGAUAGGCUUCGAUUUUGUCUUCAAUUUUAUUAAUUAAAAAAAAAAGUAAUUUUUUUUUUUUCUUUAUUUAGUAAGGUCCACCAGAAUUGCCAUUUUGUGGAGGUCCAUAAUUAUCUUGUGGUGGUGAUGGUGGUCCAUAUUGGCUU